AUCUUUCUUAAUACUAUAAAACGGAAAGACAGAAACCUAAUUUCAUUUUUUUCCUCUUUCCUCAAAUUUGCGAAGUCUGGGCAGAGAGAUGGAGCUACGACCCCGCAAAAAGGCGAUUGAAGUUGUGGAUCUCGAGGAAGAAGUUGGCUUCAACUCUGACGAAGAACCUUAUGCUAUUACUUCAGACGACGAUUCAGUCGACCCUGAAUUUCAAGGUGACGAGGAGGUGGAGGAGGAAGAAGUAGAUGCUAAUGAGGAUUUACCAAUUCCUGUACCUGUUCUUGCCCCUGUGCCUUUGGCAAAUGUAAAUUUACCAAGAGGCAGUAAAAGGAAAAAACCAGGUGCAAACGGAGAGAAAGUUGAUCUACUGUGGGAGAUAUGGGAAGAAGAUGAUAACAGAUGGAUUGAUGAACAUAUGACAGAGGAUGUUGAUUUGGAUCAGCAGAAUGCUGUGAUUGCUGAAACUGCUGAGCCCCCUUCAGAUUUGAUUAUGCCGCUGUUAAGGUACCAAAAAGAAUUUUUGGCUUGGGCAUCAAAACAGGAACAAUCAGUUGCCGGAGGCAUUCUCGCGGAUGAGAUGGGAAUGGGAAAAACUAUACAAGCUAUCUCUCUUGUUCUUGCUAGACGAGAAGUUGACAGGGCACAGUUUGGGGAAGCAGUGGGGUGCACCCUUGUACUUUGUCCUCUAGUUGCUGUUUCUCAGUGGUUAAAUGAGAUUGUUCGGUUUACGUCCCCGGGAAGCACCAAGGUUCUUAUAUACCAUGGGGCGAAGAGAGAGAAGAAUCUUAAAGAAUUCAUGAACUACGACUUUGUUUUGACAACAUAUUCCACAGUUGAAAGUGAGUAUAGGAGAUAUAUGAUGCCGCCCAAGGUGCAGUGUGCAUAUUGCAGCAAGUCCUUUUAUCCAAAGAAGCUUACAAUUCACCUGCGGUAUUUUUGUGGUCCUUCGGCUGUCAAAACAGCGAAACAAUCAAAGCAGAAAAGUAAGAAGUCUACUGCUUCAUUCUCAAAGCAAGUGAAGGAGGCUGAUGCAGGAGAGGAUAACAAAACAAAGAAAUCUAAGAAAAAGUCCAAACAAACAGUAGAAGAAGAUCAGUUAGGUUCAGUUCACAGAGAGAAGUCUCUUUUGCACUCUAUUAAGUGGAAUAGGAUCAUUUUGGAUGAGGCUCAUUACAUCAAAGAAAGAAGUUGCAACACAGCAAAAGCUGUUUUUGCUUUGGAGGCUACCUACAGAUGGGCUUUGAGUGGUACCCCUCUUCAGAAUCGUGUUGGAGAGCUUUACUCCCUGAUCCGCUUCUUGCAAAUUCUCCCGUACUCAUAUUACUUUUGCAAAGACUGUGACUGUAGAAUUCUUGAUUACGUUGCACAUCAAAGAUGUCCUAGCUGUCCUCAUAAUACAGUUCGACAUUUCUGUUGGUGGAACAAGAAUGUGGCCAAGCCAAUAUCGGUACAUGGAAGCUUGGGACUGGGAAAGCGAGCCAUGAUAUUACUUAAACACAAAGUUCUGAAAGACAUCCUUCUAAGACGUACUAAAUUGGGCCGGGCAGCUGAUCUUGCUCUUCCUCCUCGAAUUAUCUCUUUGAGGCGGGAUGCACUAGAUGUAAAAGAGGCUGAUUACUAUGAAUCUCUAUACAAAGACAGCCAGGCGGAAUUUAAUACAUAUAUUCAGGCUGGUACAUUGAUGAAUAAUUAUGCACAUAUAUUUGAUCUUCUCACUCGUUUGAGACAGGCUGUUGAUCAUCCAUACCUUGUGGUGUAUUCCAAUUCUAGUGGUGUUAACGCUAACUUGCUUGAUGAGAACAAAAAUGAGCAAGAAUGUGGUCUCUGUCACGACCCUGCUGAGGACUAUGUUGUGACUUCUUGUGCACAUGUGUUCUGUAAAGCUUGUUUGAUUGGUUUCUCCACGUCCCUGGGAAAAGUCACCUGCCCAACGUGCUCAAAAUUACUGACUGUCGAUUGGAGUACCAAAGCUGACACAGACCAUCAGGCAAGCAAGACAACACUUAAAGGAUUUAGAUCCUCCAGCAUUUUAAAUCGGAUAAAGCUCAAUGAUUUUCAGACAAGUACAAAGAUUGAGGCUUUGAGAGAAGAAAUUAGAUUCAUGAUUGAAAGAGAUGGGUCUGCCAAAGCAAUAGUUUUCAGCCAGUUCACAUCAUUUUUGGACCUUAUAAAUUAUACCCUUGGGAAGUGUGGGGUUAGCUGUGUUCAACUGGUGGGAAGCAUGUCCAUGGCAGCUAGAGAUACUGCUAUCAAUAAAUUCAAAGAAGACCCAGAUUGCAGAGUUUUCUUAAUGAGCUUGAAAGCCGGAGGGGUUGCUCUUAAUUUAACUGUAGCUUCACAUGUAUUUAUGAUGGACCCGUGGUGGAAUCCAGCGGUUGAGAAACAAGCACAAGACAGAAUUCAUAGGAUCGGACAGUACAAGCCAAUCAGGAUUGUGAGAUUCAUAAUAGAGAACACAGUGGAGGAAAGGAUUUUAAGGCUUCAAAAGAAGAAGGAACUUGUGUUUGAAGGGACGGUUGGUGGUUCUCAGGAGGCCAUAGGAAAGCUGACGGAGGCAGAUAUGAGGUUUCUGUUUACAACAUAACGUUAUUAUCUAAUAGGUGAAGACGCUUUUUGUAUGAUCGAUCAUAAAGAUCGGUCUGGGUGUAGUCAGUAUGGUAUGAGUACCUUAACCCCGUUUUAAACUUCUUACAUUCUGAGUUUAUUUUCUUGGUGAUGACGACACAUCUAUGAUCUGAAACUCCCUUGAAAGACAAGUGUAUCUGGAUGAUUCUUGUGAAUAUUAAAAUUAAGUGAAAAUGAGUUUAAAAUAAGGUAGGUUUCAAAA